UGUCCAUUUCAAGGUAAAGGAACCGCGAUUAAACCUACAACGACAACGUUGCCAACGUAAUCACAGUCAUUCGUGGUAAAAAUGAUUAACCGGUACUUAUAUUUGUUCUUUGUUUUCGCGUAUUUUUCGAGACUCGAAGCAGAUAAUAUAAUAUUCACAUCUCCUUUGAAAACCAAAGCCUUAUUCAACUCAGCCGAUCAUGUCAUCGCAACAUUGGAAAAAUACAUCAGUACUGAAGAAAUUCGCCUCGAGACCAUGAAAAACACGUUGGACGAAUGGAUCGAGGAGCACAAUAGCUACAAAGAUGAUAUCGAAUCUCAUUUAUCCAAUCACAUAAGCCAGUUCAAUUAUAUAAGUAAACUCAAAAAUCGUUGGGAAAAUUGGCUAACAGAAACCAAGAAUAAUACCGCCUCAGAUUAUAUUUCCCAAAUGAAAAACAGCAAUACGACUUGGGCCAGCGACGAGGAUAUGAUUGGAAUAAUGGAUUCGAUAAUCAAUCUUCAAAAUAUAUACUACAUGACAGCUGAUUCAUUUGCUCAAGGGAUACUCAAAGGGGUAUCGACCAACACCUCACUCAACUAUGAAGAAUGUCUAAUGAUGGCUGAAAGAUGUUUUGAAACCAUUCACUAUAAACUGGCUCUGCAAUGGUCAUUAGUAGCCAUGGAAAAAUAUUCAAAAGAAGGUAUCGAUAAUGCCCAACAAUUGUCGAAACUUUUAUACUACAUUUCGUACACUUCUUAUAUAGCAGGGAACGACGAUUUAGCUUUAAAAUCAAUUACAUCAUAUAUGGAGAAAAAUCCCAACGACCAGAAAGCGAAAGCAUUACAAGAUGUCAUUCAUCUUAGACAUCCAGAAAAACUAGAAGAAAGUAUGAUCAAAAAAUGGGAGAUUUCACGGCAUAUUGAAGAUUUGUGCAAAAAAUUGACCACUCAAGAAGAAUUAUCGCGUAUUAAUGAUCUAAGAUGUUGGUACGAAAAGGAAGAAACCCAUUUUUUGGAAAUAGCUCCACUGAAAGGAGAAUUACUUUCAUUUGAACCACCGUUGAUUCUAUUUCGAGACGUUCUAUACGAUUCCGAAAUCGAUUCAUUGAAAAAAGAGGCGAAGGAUAAAUUUCAAGAAAUUACGACUAAAGAAAGUUCAUCCCACCAUCACGAUGCAGUCAAAGUUGCAUAUUUCGAAAAUGAUGCAAACGAUAACAUCAGAAGAAUAUCUCACAGGAUUGAAGAUAUGACUGGUUUUCCAGUCAGUUCAAAAACUGCAUACCGGUUACACAAGUAUAUGCCAGGUGGAUUUUAUACCGAGGAAGAGAAAUUUGAAAAUUCAGACGAACGAAUAACUAGCACAAUUAUAUUUCACAUGAGUAAUGUUAUUCAAGGAGGCUCGAUCACUUUUCCUCGAUUGAACAUUACGGUAAAGGCUGAAAAGGGGGAUGCAUUAGUAUGGUACGAAAAAGCUCCGAAUCAUUCAGAGGACCUACCAAGAUAUUCAAGCUGUUCGGUGUUGGCAGGUUAUAAAUGGACAUUAACGUCUCAAGUUAGCAUUUAAAGAUUUAAAAUCAGCAUCAAUAAUUGAGAUCUCGAUUAAGUACUGCAGAACUCAACUAUAUUAUGUAGUACCUACCUAGUUAGCAAAUACGUACGAAAUCUGGUUUCAACAAAACGUAUAAUAAAAAUUGUAUGCAUAAAAAUGCGAGUGAUAAUGUUUUAAAA